CUGAAAUUUCCAACACCAACCACCGACAAAUGGAAUACAUAAAUAACACCACCAAGAAUAACCCAACAACCUAGUUAAACGCACUACAGGCGCAAAUCGACAUACAUGGAGAUAUAAUAAUAGCCAUCUCCUUCUGUUAGACAACAAUCCAGCCGCCAGCGCCAUGGCGCCCUCAACCCUCACUGCCCUCACCGAAUACAUCUCCGUUGGCGGAAACAGACAUCCCUCCGCCGCGGACUGGGACGAGAACACGGGAAUUCUCGCUUUUGGCGCUGAUAACAAUGUGGCCCUCUGGGAUCCUACUGACAAAUAUAAAACGGGGGUAUAUGCUCUGUUAAACGGCCAUACUGAUGAAGUCAACGCGGUCAAAUUCUACACGUUUCCCUGCUCAGAUGGUGGUUCCCACCAUUUCCUCCUCACCGGCUCCGCAGAUCGGACGAUACGGGUCUGGCGGCGGCAGGAUAAUCAUGAAUCUGAUACCGCUCCAUCUAAAGCUACAUCUACUCCAACAAGACCGUCAUUCUCGCACGUUGCAACCCUCGACGGCCACGAUGGUGCCAUAAAUUGCAUUGAUGUCGCGCGCGGCUCUGGGCUGUUUGUAUCUGGCGCCGCAGAUGGGACGGUGAGGGUGUGGAGACUUAGAGAGAUUAAGGGGGACAGUGGUGCUGCUGCUUCAACGAUAGACGGCCAAUUAAUGCAAACGAUUACGCUGAAGCCGAGGUAUUUCGCGUUGACGCUCGCAUUGAGGGCGCUUCGCGGGAAGAAAGAAGAAGGGGGGAAGGAUGCCGGGUCUGCGCCACCUAUGGUGUUGGCUGUGGGCGGAACGAGGACUGCGAUACAGAUAUAUGUGAUGCAGGACGGGGGAGGGGAUGCGGAAACGGAGGCACGUCAAUUCGAGCUUAAAGCUAAUCUUACCGGUCAUGAGGCUUGGGUGAGGUCUCUUGCUUUUACAGAUAUGGAUGUUGAGCAGAGUCAGUCACAGUCACAAUCACAAUCGCAAUCUCAGGAUUUCUUCCUUGCAUCUGCUAGUCAGGAUAAAUACAUUCGUCUCUGGCGCGUUCAUACAGGCGAUGAUGUUUUCCCGGCUCGAAAGAACGAUGACGAUGAAGGGGUAAUAUUGGGAGGGAACCUCGAGCAGACGCUUUCUAACAAAGCGCAUGAAUUCGCGGCGAGCGGAUCGAAGUAUUCGGUUACUUUCGAAGCUCUCCUGUUCGGCCACGAGGACUGGAUUUACACCGUCGCAUGGAACCCGGACCCAAAAAACCCAAAGCUCCUCUCUGCCUCUGCUGAUAACUCGCUCGUUAUCUGGGAAUCGGACCCGGUAUCUGGUGUCUGGUACUCCGCCGCGCGCAUGGGUGAGAUUAGCUCUCAGAAGGGAUCUACCACCGCCACGGGCAGCACUGGUGGGUUCUGGAUCGGCCUCUGGUCAUCCCGUGGUGAUACGGUGGUCAGCCUGGGCCGCACAGGUUCUUGGAGAUUGUGGGAGCAUGAGAGCAAGUCCGAUUUGUGGGUACAGAACAUCGCUGUUACGGGCCAUGUGAGAGCGGUUAAUGGGAUUGAAUGGGAGCCUACAAGUGGGGGCUACCUGCUGUCGACGAGUUCAGAUCAGACUACGAGACUACAUGCGAGGUGGAAACAUGGCAAUGACAACGGGUGCUGUUACUCAUGGCAUGAAUUUUCCCGCCCACAGAUCCACGGCUACGAUCUUAACUGCAUUGCUUCAUUGGGACCAUGGCGCUUCGUCUCCGGCGCUGAUGAAAAGCUUCUCCGCGUCUUCAACCAGACAAAAGCAAUCGCAAACCUCCUCGAGAAUCUAACCGGCUUCACCGGCGGAGUCAAGCCGGCCGACAUGCCUGAGGCCGCUAACAUCCCCGUUCUUGGCCUCUCCAACAAAGCUGCUGACGACGACGUAGAUCUCGCCGACGAAGGAGAAGGAGAAGAUACCCAAUCCGCACCCGCACCGGAAGCAACCCCACAAGCCUCUGCUCUCCACCUCCCCCACCCACCCCUCGAAGAUCAUCUCUCAAAAUACACCCUCUGGCCUGAGCACGAAAAGCUCUAUGGCCACGGCUACGAAAUCUCCGCCCUCGCCACCAGCCACGACGGCACGCUCAUCGCUACAGCUUGCAAAGCCAGCUCGCUGGACCACGCCGUUAUACGCCUAUACGACGCUGCAGCGACGACAUGGCAUGAGAUCAAGCCGUCGUUGGCGGCGCAUUCGUUGACUGUUACUUGUUUAAGGUUUUCGGCGGAUGAUAAGUUUUUGGUUAGUGUGGGGAGGGAUAGACAGUGGGCGGUUUGGAGGCGGGAAGGUAAGGAAGAGGGGGAUGAGAAGAGGGGGGUUUUUAAGUUGUUGUGCGCGAAUCCGCGGGGUCAUUCGAGGAUGAUCUUGAAUGCGAGUUGGGCGCCGGUUAUUGGGAGCAGUGGGCCCAGAGUGUUUGCGACGGCGGGACGGGAUAAGACCGUGAAGGUAUGGGUGCAGGAACAGGAAGAGAACCAGGGGGUGUCUUUUACGUGUAAAUCUACCAUUUCAUUUACGAGUCCCGUUACGGCUAUUGAUUUCCUAUCUGAGGUUGUUGGCGGGGAUCGGUUUUAUCUUGCUGUCGGUUUGGAUACGGGGAGGAUUAGCUUGCAUGCAUUUGCGAUUGAUGGGCUUGGGGAGGUUCAGGAGGGGAUGGCGUUGCCGGGGUUGGAGUGUCCGUCGAAGGCUAUUACGCAGUUGGCAUGGAAGCCGGUCUGUGCAGAAGUAAAAGAAGCGGAUGAAGGGUAUGAACUUGCUGUUGCGAGUGAGGAUAGCUCAGUGCGGGUUUUUAAGAUUUUGGAUUUGUUUCCAUAGCCAACGGGAAUGUUAUUAAAUGAAUGUGUCACAUGUGUCAUGGACAAUAACUAUUUAUAUAUGAACAUAGAAAUUUUUCCUGGAUAUAUUUUUGGCGUUGAGGCCUGCCUCCCUU